CGCGAAUCCUGCAUCUAAAGUUGGUCGCACCCACCCACCACCAAAUCUUCGGCAGGCUUUGGAUCCAAGACACUUAUAUUCUCGUGUGUCCGCUUGUUGCGCCGCCGUCAAUCUGUCGCAAUCCCGUUGCCGUGCCUUCUAGCGCACACUUUAUUCUCUUGUGACAUCUUCCGACACAUAACCGGCAGCCCCGCACCAUACCUACUCCUACAUCACCACCCAUCGACGAGCUGCACCUCACCACCCAAUAUGUCGGCGUACCGCUCCUCAACGGGCAAUCUGGACCGUUUUGAAGAGCCGCCUCGUGGCGGUCCCGAGCGAUGGGAUCGCGACAGGUUUGAGCGCAUGCGAAGGGGACCUCCUCCUCCGCCACCACCGGGCGGAAGUGUGGCUGGCGGUAGUAGCCGUGGUGGUCGUGACGAUUAUGAUCACUACCGCUUCCAAGAGCACGAUCGCUUCCCCGGCGGCCAUCGCGACAUCGAUUUCCAUGAAGACCGCGCACGCCGAGGCCCCGCUGUCAUGGAGAGAGAACGCUACCACGAAGAAGAUCGUUUCGACCGCCCUCAUCGCCGCGCUCCCUCUGAGCUAUUCCACGAGCCGACUCCCUCUGAGAUUGCCAACCAAGCACUUGCCCCCUACCGCCGCAGGUCCGUCAUCGACAAGGAUAUCAACAUUGAUAUCGACAUCAAUGAGCGCCGGCCAGCCCCUCGCCCGCCCAGGCCGUCACGGCCGCAGUUCAUGCGCCGUCAAUCAUCUCUCGAUACUUUUGACCGCAAACCUCUGCCCCGCUAUGGCGAUGUAGAGAGGUACGAGAGGUAUGAAGACCACGAGUGGCGUCCUCCAGCCAAUGUUCCCAUUCCACUUCCUAUCCGCGAGCGUCGCCGAUCACCACCUCGUCGUUUCCACGAGGAAGAUGAUUUCGAAGAGAUCCGAUACGACGAUCGUGGCGGAAGGGGCCGGGAACGAGAAGACUACCGCGAAGUUGAAGUUCACCGCGAGAAGAGCCGAGUCCGAAGGAGCAAGAGCGUAGCAGCCAAGUCGACACGCAGCUCUUCUAUCUCCAGCUUUGAAGAAAUCCAGCCGUCCCGAGCCACCUGGGGCAAGAAGGGCAAGACGAGACUCCCCAAACGCCUGGUCAAGAAGCAAGCCGUUAUCGACUUGGGCUACCCAUUCGAGGAAGAGGACGACUUCAUCAUCGUUACCCGAGCACUCGAGAAAGAGCACAUCGACGAGGUCAUUAAGAUCAGCGAGAGCUACAAAGAGGAGAAAAUCACAUACGUCUACGAGGAGAAGACGGAGGAAGCCCCACCGCCACCACCUUCAGUUGCACCGCCAGCAUCAGUCGCACCUCCCCCACCACCCCCUCAAGAAUUCCAACCUCCGCCGCCAUCCGUAGUCCACGCACCCCCUCCACCCCCACAAUCAGUAUACCAACAACCCCCACCCCAAGUGGUAUACGCUCCGUCGCACCACACGCCCACUGUCUACGCCCCCUCUGAGCGCGCUCCCUCCCCCUCCAUCCACGAACACGAGCGCUACGUAGAAAUCGACCGCUCAGCCGCCAUCCACGGCCCGGCCACCGCCUUCCUCCCCGAAGGCCGACAGCUCGUACGCCGUGACGACAGGCGCUCCGAGCGUGAAAUCCGCGACGAAAUCCGCUUCCUCGAGGAGGAGCGCCGCAUGCUCAAGUACGAGCGCGAGGGCGACCGCGAGUAUGAAUUCGUUGAGCGUACGCCCCGCAAGGAGGUUAUGCGCGUUGACAGAGACCGGAAGGGUAGGUUAGCCCUUGUUCGCUCGGCCCAUUAGACACUUUGAACGGCUCGUUGAUUCUUCUGGUAGUUCUGGUUCGAAAGGAUAAACCGAAUCCUAAGAUUGUGGCGUUGGCUAUGGGGGCGCUUUCUUAAGCCUGGGAUUUCAAGAUUUUGGAGUGGAAAAGGUGGCAGGGCAUCUGGAUGCUUCUGCUUGGAAGUGGGAAGUGGGUGUCGAUGGGGCUAUUGGAGCAGCAUUUUCUUCUUCAUGUUCUUUGAUGAUUUUACGGCCGGUUAUUUGGAUUCUUCUUCUUCUUCUUCUUCUUCUUUUCUCACGCUCUAUUGCACAUGGGUACUAUUUUGGCUUUGAAAGGCGCGGAUAUACAGGCAAAUGUCAUCAUGCUACGAGUUAUGUAUGAUAACGAAUGAUUAUGAUCACAACG